AACAUAUUCGCCUUCCCUCGACUUAUCAUCCUUAUUUCAACCUAUUCUCCCCGACACCUAUUUGGACUCGACUUUCUCCGCUCCGCAACCCCCCGCUCUCUUACCGUAGUCGCGCGCAUCCGCCCGCCAAUAGAGCUUUACCACUCGACCGCUUGCAUUUCACUUUAACAUAGACGAGCUCCUGCCGAGGAGCUUUCGUGAGGAACAAUGGCUGUUGUCGCAACUAUUAAGUGCGUCGUCGUUGGUGACGGUGCUGUUGGAAAGACCUGCCUUCUCAUCAGCUACACAACAAACAAGUUUCCCUCCGAAUAUGUCCCUACAGUCUUCGACAACUACGCAGUUACGGUUAUGAUAGGAGAUGAGCCGUACACUCUCGGUUUGUUCGAUACCGCUGGUCAAGAAGAUUAUGACAGACUGCGACCUCUUUCAUAUCCCCAGACCGAUGUCUUCCUCGUCUGCUUUUCCGUCACCUCGCCUGCUUCCUUCGAAAACGUCCGCGAGAAGUGGUUCCCCGAGGUCCGCCACCACUGCCCUGGCGUUCCCUGUUUGAUUGUUGGUACCCAGGUGGAUUUGAGGGACGACCCUAGUGUUCGAGAGAAGCUGUCAAAGCAAAAGAUGCAACCAGUACGACGAGAGGAUGGUGAACGAAUGGCGAAGGACUUGGGUGCUGUCAAGUACGUUGAGUGCAGUGCUCUCACCCAGUAUAAGCUUAAGGAUGUAUUUGACGAGGCUAUCGUUGCAGCACUUGAGCCCCCUGCUCCUAAAAAGAAGUCACACAAGUGCCUUGUCCUAUAAACGGAAAUGGGAUAGCCGCAGCCGAGCUAUGACACCACCUUCUCCUACUUCCCCUGGGAAUUUUUGGUUGAGUUAGGAACAUGCCCAGUAGACAUGCACGAAUAG